AAUAGCCUACCGACUCAAUUUUAUCCAAUGAAAUUGAACGUAUUAUAUCGAGAAGGAAUUUGUCGGCGUCUUCUAUGAUUUUGCUUUGAAAAUGGUCCGAAGCCAAAGCAAAAGUAGAGAAAGGAAGAAAAGUGGGUCAGAGAGGGGCCGUGACAGAAAGAGGAAGAACUCCUCUAGCAGUGGAUCAGACUCCAGUUCCUCCCGCUCCCGCAGUAGGUCUGGAUCCUCCUCUUCAUCAAGCAGCAGUUCCAGUGGGAGUUCUGGCAGCAGUUCCUCCAGGUCAGGAAGUUCCAGUUCCAGUCGAUCUUCCUCCAGUGAAAGUGGGAAGGGAAGGGGAGGAAAAUCCUCCAAAAGACAGAAGUCCGAAUCUCCAAAGAGAAGAAAGAAGAGUCCAGAACCCAAGCCCACAAAAGUUCAUAUUGGCAAGCUGACUCGAAAUAUAAACAAGGAUCACAUCAUGGAGAUAUUUUCUAACUACGGCAGCGUCAAAAACAUAGAUAUGCCUAUGGACAGAGUGCAUUCAAACUUUAGUAAAUUAUUUGCUUAUAUUGAAUAUGAAACACCCGAGGAGGCAGAAAAGGCUGUGAAAUACAUGGAUGGAGGUCAAAUUGAUGGACAAGAAAUAUCAGCAAGUGCUGUGUUGGCAGCUAGACCAACGAGAGCACCACCACGAAGGAGUCCAAUUCGACGAGGGCCACCCCCUAGGUGGGGCCGCCCUGCCUCCCCAAGAUACAGAGACCGACGAAGGAGUCCACCCCCAAGACGAAGAAGUCCUCCUCCAAGAAGACGAUCCAGAUCCAGGUCACGAUCCCCCGCGAAGAGGAGAAGAUACAGCCGAUCAAGUUCCAGUUCAUCUCGAUGAGCCUUCCCAUCAUUCACUCUAGAAAUUCACUACUUUACAUGGAACGCUGCAAGCUCCAUUUAAACAUGCCUUAUGCAAAGUCUUCGGCCAUUCUCAUAAUGAUUGAAAUGUUUGUAACUGUCGUCAAAGUAGUCAGUUUUGUGUAUUUAGUGAGAUCAUGUUCCAUGCUUGUAUCAAAUACAUGUUCUCAUUUUAACUCUUGUUUUUAAUGAAAUAAAUGUAAUUGUACUGUGGAA